GAGGCGAGCAGCCUGGCAACGGCGGUGGCGCCCGGACCCCGAGUUUCCAGUAUGGCUUCUGCACCAACUUCUAAAUAUAAUUCACACUCCUUGGAGAAUGAGUCUAUUAAGAGGACUUCUAGGGAUGGAGUUAAUUGGGACCUGAGUGAGGCUGUUCCUCGACUUCCAGGAGAAACUCGUAUCACUGACAAAGAAGUUAUUUACAUAUGUCCUUUCAAUGGCCCCAUUAAGGGAAGAGUUUACAUCACAAAUUAUCGUCUUUAUUUAAGAAGUUUGGAAACGGAUUCUGCUCUAAUACUUGAUGUUCCUCUGGGUGUGAUCUCCAGAAUUGAAAAAAUGGGAGGCGCGACAAGUAGAGGAGAAAAUUCAUAUGGUCUAGAUAUUACUUGUAAAGACAUGAGGAACCUGAGGUUCGCGCUGAAACAGGAAGGCCACAGCAGGAGGGAUAUGUUUGAGAUCCUCACAAGAUACGCCUUUCCCUUGGCCCACAGUCUGCCAAUAUUUGCAUUUCUAAACGAAGAAAAGUUUAACGUGGAUGGGUGGACAGUUUAUAAUCCAGUCGAAGAAUACAGAAGGCAGGGCUUGCCCAAUCACCACUGGAGAAUAACUUUUAUCAACAAGUGCUAUGAGCUCUGUGACACUUAUCCUGCUCUCUUGGUGGUUCCAUAUCGUGCCUCAGAUGACGAUCUCAGGAGAGUUGCAACUUUUAGAUCCAGAAAUCGAAUUCCAGUGCUGUCAUGGAUUCAUCCAGAAAACAAGACCGUCAUUGUGCGCUGCAGCCAGCCUCUUGUCGGAAUGAGUGGUAAACGGAAUAAAGAUGAUGAGAAGUAUCUCGAUGUUAUCAGGGAGACUAACAGACAAAUUUCUAAACUCACAAUCUAUGAUGCCAGACCCAACGUAAAUGCCGUGGCCAACAAGGCAACAGGAGGAGGAUAUGAAAGUGAUGAUGCAUAUCAUAACGCCGAACUUUUCUUCUUAGACAUUCAUAACAUUCAUGUUAUGCGGGAAUCUUUAAAAAAAGUCAAAGACAUCGUUUAUCCUAAUGUGGAAGAGUCUCACUGGCUGUCCAGUUUGGAGUCUACCCAUUGGUUAGAACAUAUCAAGCUUGUUUUGACGGGAGCCAUUCAAGUAGCAGACAGAGUUUCUUCAGGGAAGAGCUCAGUGCUCGUGCACUGCAGCGAUGGAUGGGACAGGACUGCCCAGCUGACGUCCUUGGCCAUGCUGAUGCUCGACAGCUUCUAUCGGAGCAUCGAGGGCUUUGAAAUAUUGGUACAAAAGGAAUGGAUAAGUUUUGGACAUAAGUUUGCAUCUAGAAUAGGUCAUGGUGAUAAAAACCACGCUGACGCUGACCGGUCUCCUAUUUUUCUCCAGUUUAUUGAUUGUGUAUGGCAAAUGUCAAAACAGUUCCCUACAGCUUUUGAAUUCAAUGAACGAUUUUUGAUUACAAUUUUGGAUCAUCUGUAUAGUUGCCGGUUUGGUACCUUCUUGUACAACUGUGAAUCUGCUCGGGAAAAACAGAAAGUGACGGAACGAACAGUAUCUUUAUGGUCACUGAUAAACAGUAAUAAGGACAAAUUCAAAAAUCCCUUCUAUACUAAAGAAAUCAAUCGAGUUUUAUAUCCAGUUGCCAGUAUGCGUCACUUGGAACUUUGGGUGAAUUACUACAUCAGAUGGAACCCCAGGAUCAAGCAACAACAGCCCAACCCAGUGGAGCAGCGGUACGUGGAGCUGUUGGCCUUGCGUGACGAAUACAUACAGCGGCUCGAGGAGCUGCAGCUCGCCAGCUCGGCCAAGCUGCCCGACCCCUCGACCUCGCCGGCCGGGCCCUCGCAGAUGAUGCCGCACGUGCGCACACACUUCUGAGCCGGGGUCCCCGGGGCCAGCGAGGACCCCGAAGAAAGGAGAGAGCCCACCCUCACUUGGGGCCUCUGUACAGAGUAGAUUAAAACCUUUGCCUCCGUGUAGAACUUGAACUAACGUAAUCUUAAACUCUUGAAUAUGUGCCUUCUAGAAAACAUAUUACAAGAAAACUAGUGUCUACAGGGCAAUCGGAAGAAAGGAGCCAAGGUGGGGUUUUGGAAAAUCCUGACAGCUUUCCAGAACCGGUUCUGAAAGAUACAAUUGAAAUUUAAUUGAGCUCUUUCGAAAUAGCUGUGUGUACAAUAUGUAUUUUGUGGGCUUCAUCGGAACGACACCGUUGGUAACUCAAGGGGGAAAAAUAUGUUUGUGAACUGGAUCUUCUUUAGGCUGCUUAUAGUCGUUGCUUUGGAUUAUCGGAAACGAACCCAAAUGUGAAAGAUGUGAUUGCCAAAACCAAAUCGGGCUCGUCUUCUGAGGCAUCAUCCAAAAGCAAGGUGUUUAAAUAAUUGCCAAACUAUACAUACCAUCGUUAAGUGGUGACUUCAAGAGAAAUGGCCGUGUAGAUGAGGUUUUCAUUAUUUUGAAAUUUUGGAAGACGACGUGUUUCCCCCUAAUUUUCAAGAGGAGCAUAUUUUUAUAUUACACCGAUGUGGCCCAGUCAGAUACGAUUUGAUUUUUUUUUUUUAUUUAACUUUUUGCCAGUUCUGUUUUUUCUGAGUUGUCCCACGAGCUUGCCUCAAAUUCUGACCCAUUUCCAGGUUGUGGGAAACCCCUUCUAGCACUGUUUGAGGAUGUCGGGGGCAUUAUGCUGCUUAAAGUGAAUGUUUUCGCAAACGUCUCUCUAGUCUGACCAGCUUAUCUGCCAAAGUGUAGGGUUGACCAUCUUGGACGCAUGGGCUGUUGCUAGAGCAUCAUUCUUUGAAACAAAAGCCACAGAUGUACAUUUGUUGAGGAUAUUCUUGAAAGUAUUGUAUCUCAGUUGACACGGUGUUGGAUGCCCCUCCCCCCAAGCGUGCAUUAAACUGGUUCUACAAAUUUUUACUUGAAGUGUACCCGGCAGUUUGCUUUUUCAGGUUUUUUGGGGUUUUUUGUUGUUGUAGACUAUAGUAGUAAUAAUAAUGAAUGAAAUUUCAAAUGCAGUUCUAUUUGAUAUCUGAACUAAUUAAGUAUAUUUGUAAAAGUUAAGGCUACAGUUAAAACAAUUAAUGUUUUACAGUGAAUUGUAAAGGACUAUUUAUAGCUAAUAUGGUUUUGUUUUCAAUGAAUUAAGAGAGAUUAAAUAUAUCUUUGUAAAUUAUUUUCUGUCAUAGCUUGAUUGGUCUACCAAAUAAGACAUCUCAAAUACAGUAGUAUCAUGUAUAAAUUUUGUAUGUAUAAGAAAUUUUAUUAGACAUUCUCUUGCUUUUUGUAAACGCUGUAAAUAUUUCAUAAAUUAACAAAGUGUCACUCCAUAAAAAAGAAAAAAGCUAAUACUAAUAGCUUAAGGGAUUUUGUGAAAUAUCAUGAAAAGGUUUUCAUGACAAUAAUGACUAAAGACCUGCUGUAAUAAAUGUAUUAACUAAAAUAGCACUCUGUUUUCAGGCCUGUAGCUGCGUGUGUCU